UUUACUAGCCUAACACGUGUGUUGUAAUAUAACAUUAUUGCAUUAUUAUUUCUAGUAAUUUUGCAAAGUCUAGAUCUAUAUCUACCCAUUCACUAUGCCAACACUGUCAAAAAAUUUGUACGGCAAAUAUGACAGAGAGAAUCUGGUUAAAGCCAUUGAUGCAGUUGCCAAUGGGAUGAGCUGUUCUAGGGCAGCUCGUCAAUUCGGCAUUCCCAGGAAGACCCUUGCCGAUCAUGUUUCGGGACGAUCCAAGCUGGAAAGAAGAGCUGGGAGAGAGAGAAGCAUCCCCGAAGCCAUUGAAAACAAAAUAGUAGAUAAGGUCAUCGCUGCUGCGGCUGCUGGAUUCCCUAUCACCAAGCAGCAAUAUUUACUGAAAGUAGGAUCAGUUGUCAGCAAGCUGCACCUGAAGACCCCCUUUACAAAUGGAGUUCCUGGAAAGGAUUACUGGUUGCAGCUAAAGAAAAGGCGACCUGAUAUUGCAAUUCGCACUCUGGAGAACUGCUCAUCGAGCAGAUUAGCUAUGAUGAAAAGGGACGUGGUUGACAGAUAUUUUGGAGAUCUGCACAAGACCAUAACUGAGUUGGGAUUACGAGAGAAGCCAGCACAGAUCUGGAACUGCGAUGAAACGGGCCUCACAUUCUGCCCGGAUGCUUCAAAGGUUCUGGCUGCAAAAGGAGCCUGGAAUGUAGUGACCAGGUGCAGUCCGUCCAAAGACAACAUUACCACCUUGGUAUGUGUUAACACCGCAGGUUCUGCCAUGCCCCCUAUGCCCCCUAUGUGCGUCGUCAAGGGAAAAACGAACAGGGGUGCAAUGGUUUCAGCAAGUUUUCCUCCCCAACUGCGGAGACUCAAGGCCUCAAUUGUUGAUCCUAGACUCACACCACAGCCAUGAGGUCCUGGAACUUCUCGAGAUGGCGAAGGAACAGUUGGUCCAUGUUUUGGCUCUCCCCCCUCACACCACACAUAUGCUCCAACCUCUGGACCGGG